UGAGCAUACUGUCAGUCGUUGGGUGAAAUAUUUUGUCGUACUAAACUUGUAAAAAUCGAGAAAUGCUGGCUUAGGCAGUUUUAACCUUCUGCUGGGACUUAUUAACUCAUUGACAUACAGGUGUGAUACUCCCGAGAGUGAUCCGGUUGCUUAUCCUCCUUUAUUGCUUGGCUGUGGAGAGCAACAAUACAUUGGUAGAGCGAAGAUAUAACGAAGACGGGUUUAGAAAUAUAGUGCAAUAUACCUGUACUAUAGUAUAAAUAUGAAGCUAAAAUUCGCAAGCCGCUAUAGUUGAGUCAAUUGAGUGUUCGCCGAAAAUGGGCAUGAUGACUGCCAACAACAACAAUAAUAAUAAUAACGAUAGUGAAAUUAAUAAUAAUGGGAGUGGCGCGACCGCAAUAACAACAACGCCCGAACGUAGCACCGCUGCUGCAGCAGAGACCCCACCAGCGCCCGUUCACCCGGCUCAGAGUGUCACCGAGGAGGCGUUGCCAGCCUGCAUGGCGACUGGAGAUGUGCCGUACAAGCAAAGCGCCAGUGAUUGGUAUGACGCUGAUGGCGAUGUCGCUGCUAUCGCAGCAGUUGCUGCAGAGUGUGAGCGUUUGCUCGCAGCUGCAACAGCUGAUACAGACACCGGUGAUGGGAAAGUGAAUACUGCCGAAAGCGUUGGAACUGCCAACGCUUGCAAUAAUGCAACGUACAACAAUAACGACGCGCAAUGCUUGUGCGAAACAGUUGAGAGCGGCAUUUACGAUGACAAUGACACUGACUAUGCUGACUAUGACUUGGAUAGCGCCGAUGCAGAGGUAUUGAAUGGCAGUGCCGAAGUGACUCGUUCGAAACUCGACUACACUACUUCGUUUGCCUCCUAUGAUAGUCAUGUGCAUCAGUUGAAUCGCAGCCACCGGUGUAAUUCGCACGCAACAUUAAAGCUGUUGCGACAGCAGCGUCAACAAAAUCAACAACAGCAACAGCAACAACAAAAACUGCAACAGCGCUACAGCGCCCAGCAAAAUUCGAGCUCUUUGAAGCUCAGCGCCUCCAAUGCGUCCAUUUGCUCGUCAACCACUUCAACCUGUCCUGCGUACAGCAUCGGUGAACCGUUGUACCAAUCUGUUGCAUUCACAGACUAUGGCACUACGGGAGGUUGUACCAUAGAGACGCUCACCACUGGUGAGUCCGCUGAUGAAAGUGUGUUGCGGUAUUCCUUUAAAGGCUAUCCGCCUGAGUUGUAUUCACCGCGCAAGGAGUUCAUCUACACGCGUCCACUGGUUGAGAAACAGCUUGUGAUUAAGAAGACUUGCGAGUGGUGGUUUUACAAAAAUAAAUGCCGCAAUAUGUCCACACAUUGGAAGCAGAAUGCAUUUCUCAUAUGCUGCGUGAUACUUUUCGGCCUUUUGCUGGGCUUGAUCAUUUGGUACCAGCCGGGGAGCAACGGCAGCAGCAGUCGGAAAGGUGCUCACAUAACCGCGGGUGUUUCAAACAAAUCAAAUACGUGGACGAGUAGUACAGGAUAUCCACCCGUUGUGGACUCGCCAGACAUCCAAACGAUUUUUAUAAAUCAUUCAUUUAUUGGCGACGAGCAGUGGACUGAAGAUGAGGAUAUUAAAGACGACAUUGGCGAUAUAAACAACAGCAUUCCGGACGAUUUCACCAGUGAUUUUGUGACGCCGAGAAAGGUGUACAAUUCCAAACUAAGCGAAGAUGAUUUGCUCUACGAGUCAAAUCGUAAUAAAAGCAGCGUAACAAAUGGUUAUUAUUCAGCGUUCGAUGAGACGGGUACAUUUCGUAGUAAAUCUAGUCAAAUUUGGGAUCCACAUCCCGAAUACAUAAUAAAUGCUUUCGGGCAUGAAUUGCAUUUGGUUUUAUAUCAGGACACAUCAUUCAUACCACCGCAAACAUUUAGUGUAAUUCGUAUACUUAACAAUAGAACCGAGGAAGAAGAAGAGGAAGACGAAGCAAGUGGCCAUUACUUGGGUUGCUACUACAAGGGCGUAGUGCAAGGUGACGACCAAUCGACGGUGUCCGUGUCGCUCUGCAAUGGCAUGACUGGUUACAUAAAAACAAGUUUCGGCUCGCUGCUCAUACAACCGGUCAAUCAGACCGGUGAUGGCGAUUCGGAGGUGUUGCACAAAGUGUGGCGUCAUUCGCGUCGCAAUGCCAGACAUGCCGUCGCCGACUCAUUCGACAUGGAUUUGAAAGAACUCGAAGAGAGUCUAUUCACGAGGUUGCAUCGUAAGAAGCGUAACUAUGUCGAUCGUCAUGUCUUCACGAUGGAAGUGCUGGUGGCGGUUGAUAAAACAAUGAGUGAGUUUCAUGGCAGCGAUCUGAAGUCAUACAUAUUGACGUUGAUAUCGAUUGUUUCGAACAUAUACGCCGAUGCUAGCAUUGGCAACUCCAUUUAUAUAACUGUGGCGAAUAUAUUGAUAUUACGCGACGAUCGCAGGAAAGCCACGUCGGCGUCUGCUAUGCUAAAGGACUUUUGUGGCGUCGUUUCGAAGCAAGGGUACCAUUACGACACAGCAAUGCUCAUUACACGCGAUCAAAUUUGCCGCAACGAAGGUGAGCCUUGCGACACUUUGGGUUUGGCUGAACUGGGCACUGUCUGCAAGCGACGAUCGUGCGCCAUAGUACAAGAUAACGGACUGCCAGCCGCAUUUACAAUUGCACACGAAUUGGGUCACGUCUUAAACAUGCCUCACGAUGAUGACGACCUCUGUAAACCAUUCAACCGACCAGGUACGAAGAGUAAAAUGCAUAUCAUGUCGAGUAUAAUGGGCAGUGACAUACAUCCGUGGUCGUGGUCGGACUGUUCGCGUAAUUAUGUCUCCGAAUUUUUAGAAAAAGAAGACAAAUCAUGCCUUGAAGAUACACCCACGCAUUUCAUAAAGAUUGCCAACAACAAAUUGCCCGGCGAAAUCUACUCACUCAACCAUCAAUGCCAACUAAUACACGGCAACCAGUCGCGCUACUGCCGCAUCGAUGGCGAAUGUAAGCGACUGUGGUGCAAGACGGACAGCAGCAGCAGUGACUGUCGCAGCAGCAACCUGCCGUGGGCCGAUGGUACACCGUGCAACAACGAGCGAUACUGGUGUCAGAAGGGUGAGUGCGUGCCGCGCGAGGGCAAAUUGUUGCAAGUGGUUCAAGGCGGUUGGGGUCCCUGGAGUGAAUUUACACCCUGCAGCCUGACGUGUGGCGGCGGCGUGCAGGAAUCACAGCGCGAAUGCAAUAAUCCACUGCCGAAAAACGGUGGCAAGUACUGUGCGGGCAGCCGAAAGAAAUAUCGUUCGUGCAACACACACACGUGUCCACCCGGUACUUUAGAUUCACGUGAGCAGCAGUGCUACGAAAUGAAUGGUCGGAAUUUCUCUAGCAAAGGCAUUGCCCGCUCGGCGAAAUGGAUACCGAAGUAUGGACUGUCCUCGGCCGAGAAAUGCAAACUGUUUUGCCGCCUAGAAGACAACAGCGCGUAUUUUAUGCUCGCGGACAAGGUGAAAGAUGGCACCACAUGCUCGUUGGAUAGCUUCGAUAAAUGUGUCAAUGGCAUUUGCCGGCCGGCAGGUUGUGACAAUGAAUUGAAUUCGCUGGCGAAAAUAGAUAGAUGUGGCGUUUGUGAGGGUCACAACGAAACCUGCCAAGAGUACACCGGCAACUUCUACGUCUCCGAUUUGUAUAAGACCAAGUCCGAGUUAUAUUAUUACUAUGUGACAACCAUACCAAAAGGCGCUUCCAACAUAGUCAUUACUCAACCCGGUUAUCACGCUGAGAAUUUCAUUGCACUGCGUGACGAUGAGGGCAAUUACAUACUCAAUGGCAAGAAUGUCAUCACCAGCUAUCAUAAUAUAAAAUUCUAUGCAGGCGUAACCAUCGAAUAUAAUGGCGCCGAAAAUUUAGUCGAGCAUAUCAACACCACCGUGGCACGUAAAAUGAAACGUGAUUUGGUUGUAGAGAUAAUUUCCAUAAGCAAAAGUGCACCGAAGGACAACGACUCAUUGUUACUUAGCUACACGUAUACCAUGGAUAAGCCGCUCCAUCAAUUGCCCGAGAUAGAAGUUGAGAUCUAUAAUUGGGAAAAGCAGCCCUGGAGUAAUUGUGAUGCACUAUGUCAUGGCAGCUCACAUCGUUUGCCGGUUUGUGUAAGCACCACGAAGGCAUUGAAAGUGGCGCCACAAUUAUGCGAUGAGACGGCAAAGCCGCCAAUCGAAUAUCGCCAAUGUAACACGGAUUGUGUGCUUUCGCUGAGCGUGGCAAACAUUUCGGAGUGCUCAGCUUCGUGCGGCAUGUUGGGCACGCGUGAGAAAACUUACUAUUGCAUACAAACAUUUCCACAUAUCAGCCGCUCCAAUAUCGUGGACUUAUCAUAUUGCCUCUCGAAGUUCGAGUUUAGUCCACACGAGUCGUGUCGUGAAGGCUGUUGGGACUAUACCGAGUGGACGCCGUGCUCCAAAUCGUGUGGUACUGGCACGCAGACGCGUGGUGUGGGUUGCAUGCUAAAUGGUACGCGCGAGAGUGAUAGUCUCUGUGAUCAGCGUAAGCGCGAUUCUUUCCGCGAAACAAUAAGAGCUUGUAAAACGGAGCCGUGUUAUUCGUACGAAGACAAUUUGGCUACACAGCGCUCAUAUGCCAGUUAUUGGUUCGCCGAUGAGUGGGGUGCUUGUGACGAUAAUUGUGAAAAGAAUCGUACAGUUACAUGUCGAAAUCCAAUGGGUUAUGGCUGUCCGAAAGAGCGACGCCCCUUAUCGAAGCGUAAAUGUUGCAACAUCAAAUAUGUGUCCAAUUGGUCGAAUUGCUCCGUUGAAUGUGGUAAUGGUGUGCGCCAGAAAGAGAUUCAUUGCGCUCGCGUAUACAAACCGGAGAUUAAAGGAACGCCGCGACGACGCGUCAUCAUAGAUCCAUACCACUGUCGUCAUUUGCGCAAACCAACGCCGAAGCGUAUGCAGAAGCCCUGCAAGAUCAGUUGUAAAUGGAACACUUCCGACUGGACGCAGUGUCCCGCCGACUGUCAUGAAGAAUAUCAAUCACGUUCUGUUUAUUGUGAAUCAGUGUUGGGCAAUCCGAUUGCUUAUCGCUACUGUGAUGCGUUAAAGAAGCCACCAUCGAAGAAGAUCUGCAACAAUUGUGUUCGAAAGGAGUCGAAAAUUAUAACUCCUUGCAAUUGCGAUGGUUUCCGACGUCGUCGCAUCAUUUGCUACGAUUCGACGGCACGACGUAUUGUCUGCCCCACAAAAGAGCGAUUGAUUAAGGAGAAAUGUCCCCCUCCACGUGAAUGUAUGCCACAGUCUUGUGAAGACGUACGUCGCCUACUUCGCAACUAUCAGGACGAUGAAUAUACCAUAUAUGUGCGUUCACGCGCACGUAGAGUCUACUGCCAUAACAUGAGUAGCUCACCGAAAGAAUAUAUAACCGUUAAUCAUCUUGAAAACUAUUCCAUUUACUAUGAUUAUAAAACUUCCGAUCCGGACAGAUGUCCACCCGAGUCAAGAAAUCGAGAGUUCCGUGAUAACAGCACCAGUUCGGGACGUACGAACUUCCGUAAGAUACGUAUAAAUUUGCCAGACUUACGUAUAAUCGAAAAUGAUUUUACGUUUGCGGAAACAGUCGGUACUCCACAAUUGUUUGGUUCCGCAGGCGAUUGUUACAAUCGUAACAAGGAAUGUCCGCAAGGCGACUUUUCGAUAAACUUGGAAAAAACCGGUUUCCACAUACGAGCCGGCGCGCGUUGGGACACUUUUGGUCACAGUGUAAUUAUGAAGGUAUCUAAACCGUUCGACACCUCUACCGUUUCACGUCGCGCUUUCUGCGGUGGCUAUUGUGGACGUUGCCAACUUUCGCAUGCGGGGCUGUACCUAGAUGUAUGAUCGCACAUCGGUUGAAACAACCUUAGUGUGGAUACAACUUUUUGUUGGGCUCACAAAACCAUUCGGUUCGUGGUCUUCACACCACCAGUUUUGUGGGCGUGGCAUCGGUAGAUAUGGUCGCAGACGUGUCGUGAGCAUGCAGACUGACAAUGGAUAAGCAAAAUUUUAUGUGCCAUAGAAUGACCCGACGAUGUCAUCGCCCACCCAUAAGCCAACAUAACCCAGCAGCGACUACAAAGGCGAAAGCAAUAGACCAAAAUUAUACAGAAACACAGAAGAAAUAAACACAAAGUACUUUUAAUAUUGUUGAAGUGGACGAACACCUAGUCGACGAGCAGGGAAUGAACGAGUCCAACUACUGCUAGCGAAUUUUUAGACGUUUUAGAACAGAAGUAGAACACAAAGCGCUCAAAACGGCUGGUGUUCAGCCGAUAUUGUUAACUGCCAGCAACAAACUCACACAAAAAACUAGCAAUACAAACGAUCACUGAACAAUUUAUGCGAAAAAACCAAAAACUCGUUGCAACUCACAAAUCAAAAGUAAAAAAAAACUAAAAAUAAAAAUAAAACACAUAAAAUAUUGACCUUAAGUUAAGUGCAGAGUUGAAUUUUCUCAGCUUUUGCCAAUUGUGUUAUGUGCCAAUACGAACGUAAAGUAUGUGUAUGUAAUAUUGUUCAUUCUUUCAGUGUGUUUUGGCACAAAAAUUUAUUGGAAAAAAUUUUAUCCGUUUGGAAAAGUAUUAAUUAACAAAAUGAAAUAUAGCAACAAAUUUUAAAAUAAAAUAUUUUACUAUAUUCGUAGAGAUGUAUGUAGUAUAUUGUGCUGGUAAUUCGAAAGGAAUAAGAAUUUGCUAUUUCCAUAAAUUGCAACCCUUUGUUGAAAAUUGAAGCGAAUGUAUGUAAUAUAUUAGGUAAAUAUGUAUGUAUGUAAGUACAGUUUACAGUAUAUGUAACUAUUUUAUAUAUAUACGAUAGCUUUAUGAUCGAUGGUGAGUGCACGAAAAAGUAUUUAUUUUGAAAAAAAAAGAAAAAAGUAGUGUUAAGUCAAAACAUCGCUGAAUUUUACAAGUUUCAAAGGCGUCAUGUGUGUGUCAUGCCGAUUUUUUAAUAAUGCAAUAGUCGUAAUUAAAAUGCACGAAUGGGCUUCGCAAAAGUCGAAUUACUUAUAUAACCACGUUUAACCAAUUUUAAAAUCACGCCAAAACUUACUCACGCAUUAGCGCAAAAAAACAGAACACAAUUAAAACAUACAUAUAACGAAUUGCACAGUAUAUUUAUGAAAUUAGGAAGAAUUUUUUUUUCAAAUUACCCAAAAAUUUAUUUUAAGAAUAAAAUCAAGAGUAAAAUUUUAACAAAACUUAGAGCAAGCCCUAAUGAAAUUAAAUUUUUUUAAGCAAAACAAUACAAAUAACUAAGAAUUUCAACAAACUACUCAAAACUAAAAUUUAAAAAAAAUUAAUUGUAAAAACUAUCUGUAGAUAUGUAUGUAUGUAUGUACAUCAACGUAAUGAGCCAUAUAUUUCAUAAAUCAUUUGCAUUUAGUUGCUGCUUGCGUUGGAGCUGAAAACGUCUUGUCUCAUAAAAAUACAACAACAAAUCAGUUUUUGUUAAUUACGCACAUAUCUCAUAUUAGUAUGAAUAUAUAGUCUUUUUCAUAAACAACAAACGCAUGAACUUUUCACAGGCGCGCCUGUCUCUCUUUCAAAAAAUAUUUGACCUUUUUUAUUACACAAAUCUUGGGUUUAUUAAAACCAAAAUAGCCUAUUACAAUAUAUGAGUUCAAAUUUGUUCGUUUGCUUUUGAAACUCCUUCCAAGCAGUUGCUUUAAAGUCAAAACAUUUGACUCGAAUAUAAAUGUAGUUUAGUACUAGGUCACAACUAUGGCAAUCUAAGUUUUUACUGUAAUUAAAAAGUUUAAUUAAAAUACGUAAAAAUGGUGCUUAUAAUUAUACAAAUAUUUUACUUCCAAAAACAAAAAAAACACAUUAAAUAGAUAAUAGAGUAUAUAAACUUAUGUGCAAACGCUAUUUUCUGUGAAAGUAGACGUGCGUACGAAACGAUAAGGGCCAGUAUAUGCAAGGAGAGAUGUGCCACUUGCGCACAUUAACUUAUAUACUAUACUGCCAUGCAUUGUACACUUAUGUAUAAAUAUUUAGAAAAAGAAAUAUACUAUUUACACGCAUACUUUUGGCAUUUCUAGAAUUAAACUUUCUAAAUAUUCUCAACAAGUGCCCAUUCAUACCAAACGAUCAUGAAUUAAUAAAUAACUUUUGUAAAUGUAUUUUAGAAAUAAAGAAAAAUACUCAUAAAUUUUAAAGUUAAUGCCAACUACGAGAAAAGAAUACAAAUUUAGUGGGCCAUACAUAAACAAAAACAAAAAGAACAAAUAACAAAUAACAAAAUGUUGGCUGAACUUAUUUACAUUGAACACAUUUCACAUUUCAUUAGGAAUUUCAAAAUUUGGCUUCUUAGGUGUCAAAAUUUGAGUUACGGUCGCCAAACCCAUUGAUCGCAGGUUCGAUACAAUGACUCUAGUUAUUUAAAGGCCAAUAACAACAAGCACGAUAAUUAGAGAUCGCGGCAUUAGUGUCUAGAGGCGCCUGUGGCGUGCUAAAAAACAAUUGUGGAAAUGUAAAAAUAUUGAAAAUAAACCCACUUUCAAAUAAAUACUAAAAAAAUUAACAGUAAUUUGAAGAAACUUAAAUUUCGUUCUCUGAAUAAUGAUAAAUGCAAUUAUUAAGUGAAUAACACAAAAUAUUAAUUUAUAGUGCAACCUUCAGCCAUAUAACGGUGCGCUGUCAUAUAUUUGUUAGACCUGCGCUCACUGCCAGCAACAUACACGAACUCAACAAACAUACAUACAAAAUGUCAUAUCACUCUUUGUGCCAAGCAAGUCCUUACAACUUGCUAAUUAUCCUUAAAAACCAUAAAACACCCCUAAACUAGAAGGCAGUGUUGCCAAUAAAUGAAUGGCGCAUCAUACAUAUAUACAUAUAAAAUAUAUAAAUAUAUAUAAUUGCUUUAAUAUAUGUCCAUAUUAUGUGUUUAUGUAUUUGUGUAAAUAAUUGUAGGUUUUAUUUAAAACUUAAAGCUUAGAAAUAAAUAAAUAUACACUGAAAUAACAUUAAAAUGAAAAUGAAAGCACUAAA